CUGGACCCACUCUGCCAGUGAGAAGCAAACAUGCUGCUCCUACUGCUGCUGCCCCUGCUGUGGGGAGGGUCCUUUCAGGGGCAGCAGCCAGGCCAUGGUAUCCAAAUGCAGGAAUCUGCAAGCGUGCAGGUGGGUGGAUGCAUCAACGUGCCCUGCUCCUUUCCCUCUGCUUGGACUUCAGUUUAUCCCUCUGGCAAUAUCUACAUCUACUGGUACUACAGUGGGCGCCGCACACAAAACCUUGAACUCGUGGCCACAUAUGUCCCAAAUAAACGAGUGAAGAGAGAUACCCGGGGCCGAUUCUCCCUCAUGGAUCCCAGAGCCAACUGUUCGCUGAGCAUCAGAGACGCCAGGAAGAGUGAUGCAGGAAUCUAUGUCUUACGAGUGCAUGGACCAUAUACUCACCGUAAUGAUUACCAAGAGAAGAAGCUGACUUUGCAGGUGACAGAUGCCCCACAGAACCUCACCAUAAGGGCAUCCUACAGGAAUGUUACAGUUUUCAAGAUUCUGCAAACCACAUCCCUUCCCAUCCUGAAGGGGGAGGCUCUGAGGCUGCUCUGUGUGGCUGACAGCAACCCCCCUGCACAGCUGAGCUGGUUCCAGGGGUCUUCAGCCCUGAGUGCUACCCCCAUCUCCAGGGCUGCAAUCCUGGAGCUGCCUAGAGUGGGGACUGGAGAAGAAGGACAAUUCACCUGCCAAGCUCGACACCCGCUGGGCUCCAGAAGUAUCUCUUUCAACCUCUCAGUGGUCUAUGCUCCACAGCUGCUGGGACCCUCCUGCUCCUGGAAGAACCAGAGUCUGAACUGCAGCUGCUCCUCCAGAGCUCAGCCGGCCCCCUCACUGUGGUGGCGGCUGGGGGAGGGGCUGUUGGAGGAAAUCUCCAGCAACACUUCCUACAAGGUCAUCUCCCAUUCUGUGGGGCCCUGGGCCAACAGCUCCCUGAGCCUCCCCGCAUGGCUCAGCACAGGCCGAAGACUCAGUUGUGAGGCAGAGAAUGUCCACGGGGCCCAGAGCGGUAGUGUCCUGCUGCUGCUGCCAGGCCAGGCAGUACCGGAGUGCACAGUGGUUCCUGCGGCUCUUGCUGGUGCUGGUGCCAUGGUGCUCCUGUCCCUGUGCUUGUGUCUCAUCCUCUUUUGCAUAGUGAAAGCCCACAGGAAGCGAAAAGCCAGGAGACAAAAGGUCACAAAUGAUGAAGACCCUGUCAUGGGUAUGAUCACCUGGAAUUCCCAGCAAAAUCCACAGGCAGACAGGCCCCCAGACCAAGAGUUGCCCAUGGGGGAUGCUUCUCCAUCAGGAGAGGAGCAGGAUACCCAGUACGCCAAUCUCACCUUUCAUGGAAGGAAGCUGUGUGAGGCUCAGGACAAGGAGGCCACCAGCACCUGUGUGUACUCAGAGAUCAAGAAGACAAGCCAGUGAGGACUUGCUCAGAGCUUGGUCCUGGCCAGAGAUGUCACAGCCUCUGUGAGAAAAAGAAGUCAAAGACUAAUUGAUGAAACAUGAUGCGACCUCAUGCAACAUUAACAUUAACCACUGUAAGAGCAUCUGCAGGCAGAGCAGAAAGAAGCAGGGUGACGAGAAUGAAGAGACAUGGGCUCAAGUGCAGACUUCAGCAUUUCCUAAGGCAUUGUCUUCAAGUGAGUCACUUCCUUUUUUCCCCUCAGUUUCCCUUCUGUACAGCAGACAUCAUACACGCUACUCAAAGGCAGCUGUGAGAAUUAAAGAAAUCACAACCAACAGAG